AUGGAGUUUGUUAAAAGGUCUAUUAAGUUUGAUCACCUGUUUGUUGUUGAAGCAAAAGGCAGAGCAGGAGGGCUCUGUAUUUUGUGGAAAGAUGGGUUGUCUGUUGAGGUUGUGGAUUUCAACAAAAAUCUUAUUGCUGUUAAAAUUUUUGAUUCUGCUUGUGAAUGGCUCUUGGUUGGCUUCUAUGGUCCACCGUAUCCAUCAAAAAAGAAGAAGGCAUGGGAAAAUCUUAUGGCAUUACUUGAAGCUCAUCAUGGACCUUGGAUGUGUUUUGGGGAUUUCAACUUUGUGCUCAAUGAGAAUGAAAUUUUAGGAGGCAAAAAAGGCAGCUCCUCCACAAAUUUUCUUAAGGACCUGAUGUUUGAGGUUGGGGCAAUUGAUUUAGGUUACUCUGGGGUUAAAUACACUUGGGCGAAAGGUAGGUGGGGUAAUGCUACAAUUAAAAGAAGGCUGGACCGAGGAAUUGCAAACAUCUCCUGGAGGCUUGCAUAUCCGAAAGCAACUUUAACCCAUCUCGGCGCCAUUGGGUCCGAUCAUACUCCCAUAGUGCUUGACACGAAUCCUCAAUCCAGCUUUGCUCACCGACCAUUUAGAUUUGAGGUUGCUUGGCUAAGGGAUGAUAGGUGUGCUUCAGUCAUAGACAGUGCUUGGAAUGAUGAACACGGGGGCUCUGAAUUCACUAGGUUGUGUAAGAAGUAG